AUGGGCUCGGUAGGUUACUAGGUAGAUGCUGAGCCUAGAAGUUCUGUCUAGAAAUCCUGUUUUCCCUGUUCUAGCUGCUUCUCCUUCUGCCUGGCUGACUAAAGCAGCAACACAUCCUCCCAGUUCUGUACCUGUUACUGGGUGAUACUUAAAAGCAGCUGCCGCUUGUUUCCACAGGGCUCUCAGGAGAGCCUCACUUCAAAGAGACAUGGAGCUGAGCAGCCAGGAGAGGGGAGGAGAGGCUGGGUGUGCACUGAGGAGCUAUGGGUUAGGGUGUGUCGCUGUGUGGCAUGGCUAUGUGAUAUGAGAGACAGUUGAGGCUUGCAGGCAUGCAGGGGAUAUUUAUAGAAGAGAGAGGGAGUGUGUGUGUGUAGAGUUAAGAAUUAGGGAGGGAAAUGGAGCUAAUGUCCGUAUUCUGAGCCUCCUCUUGUUUGUUUGGCUCCUCCUUGAGAUGCUCUUAAUGAGGUAGGCAGUAGGCACAGUGCAGCAGCGGGCAUGAGCAAGGCCAGCUUUUUAAGCCCAGUCACAUUCCACUGCGCUCUCUCUCUCGCUCUGUCUCUUGGUCUGUGUGUGUGUCGCUCCGUCACUGGGCUUGGUGUCAGUUUUGCAUGCAAUUCAGUGGUUUCAGCUCUCUCUGCUGCCAUGGAAAGUUUCCCCCCUCCCUCCCUGCCUGUGAGUGCAGCCUGCCUGCCAUGGGCUGUGUGAGUGGCAUGCAGGGUGGCAGUGCCAAGGCAGUGCUCUCUGGAGGACAGACCCUCCUUUCCACCGCUCCCUUUCCUGUUUUCCUUAUCUUUCGCUCUUUCAAGCUAAGCCUGGAUCAGCCAUUUUCUAUGUUUUAUUUAACUCAUGCAAAUAAAUAAAGCCCUUUAGUUAUGUUGGUUUGGUGUGUCUUUGUGCUAUUUUGGGCAGAGUAUGACCAAAGACAGUACAGUAUGAAGAUGGGGUAAAACUGCUUAUCCAAUAACAAUCACACUUCUAGGUGACGUAAUGGCGACGUUGGCUAGCUAAGCUCGUACAGAAACAUGUCAUCGGGUCUAACCGCUGUCUCGCGCCAAACUGCGUAUGUGCAGGCUGUUAAAUCAAAGGCACUGCUAAAGUUAUUUUUGACCAAUUAAAAAUUGUCACUUUCACGAGGUUGGUGUAAUAACAUGUUCAACUACUUAAGACAUUGGCUCGAAUCUAGGUUGUGCCUUUUUAGAUUUCAAUAAAAUGAACAACUAAGGAAUCAUUUUUCACUUCUCAAACUGGUCUGGUCUGCUUGGUCUGUUUCGCCAGCAUUCCAAGAAGUCUUGCGAUGUUGCGCCUCUGGGUUUAGAAGCUCUGUGGUAUGAGGUUUUAUUAUUAUUAUUAUUGAGAUCCAUGUUGUGGCUCUAUGUGGGCAGAGAAAGUGUUAAAGGCCCUCUAUAAGCCACGUGGUGAAAUGCAAUACCUUCUUUUAAUAAGCUGAUUGCUUGAAUAUUGCACUCAGCUCACCUUACGGAGCUUAAAUAUCCCUCUGCGUUACACCUGGUCUUCACUGACUACUAUGCUUGCUGGAGUUCGUAUGUAAGCUACAAGGCUGUUGUUGCCUGUCUCUCUCGCUGUCUGUAUGUGGAGUGUUGGCGUGACCCCCAGUCAUUCUGGACCCGAGCCAGUUUGGAGGCAUGGCCCCAGACUUUAAAAGCAAUCAGGGUUCUAUUAUGCCUGUCAGGUUUUCCACUCUGGGCUUGUUGUUGUAUGGAACUGGUAGAUAUGGCAACGUCUUCCUGUUCAAUUUACUAGUCACUACUGCCUUGUACAAUGCAAUCAGCAUUAGGCCUAAAUAACAGUGUAAUGUUAGGGAAGGCAUUGCCUCGUGUGGAGUUUGUGCACAACCCCCCCCACCCCCCACCCCUAGUACAUGUUUCCUCCCUCCCCAACACACACAGACACACACCCAGCCCCCACCCGCUUCCCCUCGUGGCAGUUGGCUCAGCAUGGUGUGCGCCAGCUGACCGUGCCGAAUCAGCAAAUGUGGGAGAGUGUGGGCAGGGUGUGGCAGAGGGGGGAUCAGCAGGAUCUGUGAGUGGUGUGUGUUUCUGCCUUUUGUCAUUAGUUUAUGUGUGUGAGAGGUAAAGAACGACCCCCACUGGCGAACCCUGAGCCUCGGAGGAAUGGGAGGGGUACCAUGCUCUACUCGGCACUGGGAUUUAUGGUGUGUGUGUGUGUGUGUGUGUGUCAAAACCACGAUCUGUAUUUCAUGUUGUGUUGGCUAGAUGAUCCUUACUACUUACUACAGCGCAGACACAGUAUCACCACAUAUCAGCUUUGGAUUACAUUUAUAAUAGAGGUUAGAAUAUCCUCAGCUUUUCAGCUUGUCUGUCUGUUUGCUGUUAAACACCAAGCUCUGGAGUCAAUUAACCAGGAGAUUCCAUAUCCGUCAGUCGGUCCGUGGUAAAAGAGAUGGAGAACUCUAACUAGGCCUAUUCACCCGUUUUUAUUAAGCUGGUUAUCAUUGUGAGAGAGCUGUUCUCAACGACAUAAGUGAGAGUAGGUAGAAAGGUAGCCUCCACUCCAAUGUCUAUGGCAUGACAACAUAGGGGAGUUGGCUAAAGCACGUACUGGUCUGGUACCAAGCUAAGACGGGCCUAAAUAAAGUAGUCAUGACUAGGCAUUUGACCAGAGGUAUAUUCUUUUACACCAAGAGGCCUCUGCCUCUUGCAUCACUAAUUGGUGUGCACUUCUUCCUCUUCUCUCAGGCUCGGAUCAAGUUCCCCAUCGACUAUCCCUACUCUCCUCCGGCCUUCCGCUUCCUCACCAAGAUGUGGCACCCUAACAUCUAUGAGGUAAGAGACAGAACAACACUGUCAUUGUUACUCAAUCACCUCUUUUGUUUAGGCUUUUCCCCUACAUAAUAGUCCAAUGUCCCUUUUGUCUCUUGAUAGCUUUAAUUUGUCAUCUUCUAUUAGAAUGUUUUCAGACUCUGCUGCUAUCAUAUGAUUUAGCGAUGGCCUAGGUAGUGCGUUUUUCUAGAUGGUUAAUGUAUUGUUGGUAACUGACGUGCGUGUUUCUGUAGAACGGGGACGUAUGUAUCUCCAUCCUGCACCCCCCUGUGGACGACCCCCAGAGUGGAGAACUGGCUUCUGAGAGAUGGAACCCCACACAGAACGUCAGGUACCCCAUACACACCACCUCUUUCUCUCCCUCACACCAUGAUCAUUCUCUCACUACACCCCUUUUCCUCAUCUUUGAAAUGUGGUUGACUGUUAGUAUAAAUGUGGAAUUUAUCAAUCACUUAUUUUUUUUACACGCAUUGAUUUCAUUCCAUUUACUUGUUUCCGUUGUCUCCUAUUUAUUUUCUUUCUAUUUCUCGCUCACUCACAUAUAUUACUACACACAGACACACUGUCACAGACAUAGCAGGAUAUAUAAUUACUACAUUGGAUCUCCUCGGCAGCGCGGCAACUACAGUCAAUUAAAAAUAGCCUCACGUGUCUUUGCCCAGAGAGACACUACGGGUGUGAAAAAGUUGGAGUGGAGCGAGAAUGCUGUGUACACAGUCAUAUCACACAUUUUGACUACCUUCGUCUCCGCUAUGUUGAGUUCUGAGGUGACAUUUUCCUAAGCUACAACACAUCACACCAUUUUAUCAGUGGACCUGUCUUCUUUAGUUUAUUAGCCAGGUUUAGACUUCCCCUGAGCACGACAACAAACUAAGGAUGCGACAAAUGUGCAAUUGUUCUUAUUGUUUAAACUGACAUUCUUUUUAACGUUUAAGCAAUAAGAAAAAAUCAUAAAAUGACAAAUUCACAAUUCAAAUAUUAUACUGCUUAUGACCGCUAGGGUGCAAUGCAGUUCAAUCUACCACAGUCUGGCUACUUACUAGAUGGCGCUCAUCUCACUGCUGUCUCCCACUCAGCAAUGAUUGUAGUUAAUGCUAUUUUAGGUUCUCUGGGGCCCUCUCCUCCAUGACCUCAGUAGACGGGACUUAAUGUUCCACUUCUCAUCAAUGUGAUGGCUCGUUGCAGUGAUGUACGACAACGUGUUCAUAGAUGUCCAACAAUCUGUUGUUAACGCCAUGUAUGGUGUUUGAGAGCUCGCGCUUUGUACUUGCGGAGCAAGGCCAUCAUCAUCCAGGCCGUCACCGCUUUUUGACACGGCGUCUUGUUCUAGAUAUGCAGUCACGGCAGUGAAGCCGACAUCCUCUACCAUUGACAAUGGCUGCAUAUCAACUGUAAUCAGCGGUGUGGUUUUCUCACUCUGUCCCUUUUCAUAUGGUUAAGCAUUGCACAUGUACUGCCACUGCAGCUCAACUCACCUCCUUCUCAUUUUAACUUCUCAGUAUUGUCAUACAAUACUUUGCUGCUGUCACUUCCCUGUCUCACUCUGCCAUUUUUCCAACGACGUUGACGUGCGGAGCACUUUAUAUCUGUGGUAAAUCAUUUGAAAGAUGCUUAUCUCCUCCUAAUGUUACAGCAUUGUUGCAUUAGGUAUUUGUUACAUUUAAAUGUGUCACUUUAUGAUGAUGAUCAGGACCUGUUAGUAGUAGUUAUGUGAAAACGUUUUUCGGUUAGGGAUUUUGUCUAAACGUUAACGAUCCCAAUGUCAUUUAUACGUUUAAACGUUCACACCCCUACAACAAACAAUAGUGUCUGUUGUGUCCAUCCAUCCCAGUGUGUCAGAUUAGCUGCUGUCAGAACUGUCUGAGAUCAAUCAGCCACCGCAGGAGCAAAUUGACUUAGCUGAUUGGCUGCCUUGCCUCUAAUAACCCUGGUGUUGACUCCUUUCCAUCUCUCCCUCGCUCUUUCUGUUCCUUCACUGUCUCUCUUCCUCUCCCCCCCUCUCUCUCUUCCUCUUAGGACGAUCCUGCUGAGUGUGAUCUCUCUGCUCAACGAGCCCAACACCUUCUCCCCAGCCAACGUGGACGCCUCCGUCAUGUACCGCAAGUGGAGAGACAGCAAGGGCAAGGACAGAGAGUACGCAGAGAUCAUCAGGUGGGUGCUCGCGCGCACACACACACACACAGGGACCGUGUGCACAGAUGGAUCAUAUGGUCCACACAAAGAGCAAGGCCAGGCACAGAGAGAGCGACAUGAUCAUUAUGUAGGCACACAUGCGCAGACACAUAUUAAGGGUGAGAACAGAGAUUAUACUCAAUCCAUCAGAUACACACUUUACCACCUCCACAGUUAACUGAUGUCCCUGUUAUCCAGCUCUCACCAUGUCUCUUCCCUGUCUCUUAACAGGAAGCAGGUCCACGCCACCAAAGCAGACGCUGAGCGCGACGGCGUGAAGGUGCCCACUACCCUGGCAGAGUAUUGCGUCCGCACACGCGCCCCGCCCCCCGACGAGGGCUCCAACCUCUUCUACGACGAUUACUAUGACGACGAGGACCUGGAGGACGAAGACGAGAAUGAUGACGAGGACUGCUGCUACGACGAAGACGACUCGGGAACCGAGGAGUCCUGACGACCCACCAUCGCCUCACUACCCCUUCCUCUCCCCCGUCACCACACCCCCCUUAAACUGAACUCAUACUCCACCCCCCCCACAGUGCAGCCACACCUGCACGUUAAACCCAGAUGCGUUUCGAAAGAAAGCUACAGAUUUAGUUUGUCCAUUUGUUUCUGGUGUUUUUAUUUUCCUUUCUGCGGAGUGUCACAGAGCUAAUGUUAGCUCUACAAAUGAUUCCCAUGGUUUGCUCUUCAUGGCGGCUCUCAAUUACCGCUUGCUUUUUAACGUUUUGGGUAAGGGCUGUCUCCUGUAGAGUGUGUGUAUCCAGACAGAGGCAGUGUGGAGAGAGAGAGAGGCGUGAGCUAGUAGUGUUCAUCUGAGCUUAGUGACCUCUCACCUAGUUGACAGCCGUGUGAAGCCCGCCUUCCUGUCACACGAGGCUAACAGAAUAAGGGGACCCCUGACAUUUCACUCUUGGGUCUGGGGUUGCUCAUAACUGUCUGCCACGGUCUACCUAGCUCUAGAGCCACGUUUUACUGUAUGAAUUGGUGGCUUGUAAUGAUAAGGGCGAAUUGCAGACAGUUGAUGUUCUGAUGCUGAUGUACUCUUUUGGAGACCUAUGCAGUCUCUCAUACAUUUUACAUUUUAGUCAUUUAGCAGACGCUCUUAUCCAGAGCGACUUCGUUAGUGCGUUCAUCUUAAGAUAGCUAGGUGGCACCACCACAUCUCAGUCAUAGUAAGUACAUUUUUCUCCAAUAAAGUAGCUAUCAGCAAAGUCGGUGUUAGUUCACGAACGUCAAUUAUUUUGUAAUAUAUAUUUUUUGGGGUGAGGAGUAUGGGCAGGGACUCUGCUGUCCUAGCUUCAGGGGGAAGCUGGUUCCAGCGUCGGGGUGCCAGGACAGAGAAGAGCUUUGACUGGCCCUCCUGUAGGGGUGGGAGGGCCAAGAAACCAGAGGUGGCGUAACUGAGUACUCUGGUUGAGGUGUAGGGUUUGAGCAUAGCCUGAAGGUAGGGAGGGGCAGUUCCUCUUGCUGCUCCGUAGGAAAGUACAGAAAGGCAGUGGUCUCAGCUGGGGUUGUUUUUUUACCCAUGGCCUGAACAACUGUGUUAAAUACAGAGCUCCUAACUCUGAUCACUACCUCAUGCUUUUUCAUAAGUCCAACACCACAUGCUUGCAGUCCUCAUGUAAUUCCUCACCAGCCACAUCCACUGCUCAUUUAAAGAUGGAAGUGAGGGAUAAUUGUCUCAAUGUGUGUCUAUAUGCAUGUUUGGGUGGUGGGUCAUUAUGUCAUUCAAAUGUAGUGCAGGAAUGCUUCGCAAUUGAGAAAAUGUUUGCAUUAACUCAACGUCAGUUUGAGUUAGACAACUCCCUAUGCCAAGUCUGUGAAACAGUGAUGUCUCGCACAUCAGCCAUUUUGAAUUAGCUGAUUUGUUUAAACUCCUCAGUCACUUGACCAAACAUAUGUCUGUAGAGGUGUAACACAAGUGGCUUCAUCACACAGGAUUUGACACACUAAAUACAAACUAUUUAACAGUAUUUACACAACCCCAUGUUUCUGUUGCUUCAGUAGUGUGUAAAUGCUCAUUCAUCGUUACGCAUUGACUAUUUGAUGGGAAGUGUGAGAGAUGAGAAGGGCAUUUCCCAUCGAAUGCUAGGGACGUGGAUAGGGAGGGUUGAGUAUUAGGUCAUACAGCUAUCCCACUAGCAUGAUGGUGUCCGGCUCGGUACAGGGCUGUAGGAAAACACUUUCGAUUCCCAUACUCCAUUAUAACUAAGUUGAGAAUGGGCUUCUUUUGAUGCAGUAUGUUACUUCAGAAUUAAUAAGGUGUGAGCAAACAUUUUUUUUCUUUACAUGUACUUAGUGCUCAGAUUCUUGACCUUUUGUUUUAAACACCAUGUCAUGCGGAUAUUCAUUUGACUUAGUAGUACAUUUACCACCAUUUUAAUUUUUUCCAAUACAGAAAUAUUCAGGUAUUUUUCCAAUUGAUGAAAAUGGGUGAUUACUGGAAACUCAUGUACUCUUUGUCGUGUUAACAUCUUGAGUAUUAAGCAUGUAUACAUCAAUUCUUAACUGUUUUACAUUCUCCAUAUGGCUGUUGCGUCACUUGAAUAACCCCCGUUUUGUUUUAAGGAAGUGGGAUUUAAUUUUGUGAAUCUGCCGUUUUUAUAAUCUACUGUAUAUUCCCUCCCAAUGUGCAACCUUCCUUCCUUCCCAUCCAUACAGACUUUCUUUUUGGUGAUGGCCAUCACCGAGGGACCCCCGGUGUUACUAAGGAAAACAAAACCACAAACUUUCCCCCAACCUAUCACCUCUACUUCAAAGACUGUAUACAAUCUGGAUAUUUUGACGAUCACUUGAUGUAUUUCUUUCCUUGUUUGUAUUUUUUUUAUGGGUUGUAAAUCAAUUUAAAGCCUAAAUAAAGAUCUUUCUUAGACGUUUGAGCUGUUUCUUAUAGCAGGAGUGAAUGGAUAUAUUCUAAUAGACUGUUUAUGGUCUAAUAUUUUCAUUGACUAAUUAUAAUUGAAUACGAUUCUUAACUCACUAUUAUUCAUUAAAUUCAUUUCUGUUUUGUGUUCUUUUUAUAGAUACUGUGGGGAUGUAUGACUGAAGGAUAACUAUGAGGUAAGACUGUUCUUCCUCUACUCACACUUCUUAUCUGGAGUGUUGAAUGUAGAUUAAGUGAAAAUAAGUCACUGUUAAUGUAACAAGGAAAGUUGAUGAUGAGAUCUGUACUCUGUAGUCACCCUAACACCCAGUUGGGGUGGUGGCGACCUAAAGGAUUUCCUGAUGCUUUCCUUGGCUAAAAGGAGCACAUACUGAAUAGUACUGUUAUAGCGUCUUUAUUUAUUCCAUUCUCUGUUUGUGUUCUCUUCUAGACACUGUGGGAACGUAUGACUUGGGGAUAACUCUGAGGUAAGACUGUUAUUCCUCUACUUACUCUUCUUAUCCUGAGUGUUGAAUGUAGAGAAUGAAUCCACUUAACUUUAGAUUAACACCACAGUCUAAGGGUCUUGAUCCAAAUGGUUUUAGCCCUUUUUUGAGGACAGAGGUCAGAUGUCGAGGAUAGUUGAUGAUGAUUUGUACCCUGCAGUCACCCUAAGAGCUGGGGUGGUGGCGACCUAAAGGAUUUCCUGAUGCGUUCCUCGACUAAAUCAUUACCAAAAACACAUACUGUACGUUUGCUUCUUUAUUUAUUCUGUUCUCUGUUAUGUGUUCGCUUACAGACACUUGGGAAUGUACAGUUGAAGUCGGAAGUUUACAUACACCUUAGCCAAAUACAUUUUAAACUCAGUUUUUCACAAUUCCUGACUUUUAAUCCUAGUAAACAUUCCCUGUCUUAGGUCAAUUAGGCUCACCACUUUAUUUUAAGAAUGUGAAAUGUCAGAAUAAUAGUAGAGAAUGAUUUAUUUCAGCUUUUAUUUCUUUCUUCACAUUCCCAGUGGGUCAGAAGUUUACAUACUCAAUUAGUAUUUGGUAGCAUUGCCUUUAAAUUGUUUAACUUGGGUCAAACGUUUCGGGUAGCCUUCCACAAGCUUCCGACAAUAAUUUGGGUGAAUUUUGGCCCAUUCCUCCUGACAGAGCUGGUGUAACUGAGUCAGGUUUGUAGGCUUCCUUGCUCGCACACGCUUUUUCAGUUGAGCCCACAAAUGUUCUAUAGGAUUGAGGUCAGGGCUUUGUGAUGGCCACUCCAAUACCUUGACUUUGUGGUCCUUAAGCCAUUUUGCCACAACUUUGGAAGUAUGCUUGGGGUCAUUGUCCAUUUGGAAGACCCAUUUGCAACCAAGCUUUAACUUCCUGACUGAUGUCUUGAGAUGUUGCUUCAAUAUAUCCACGUAAUUUCCCUUCCUCAUGAUGCCAUCUAUUUUGUGAAGUGCACCAGUCCCUCCUUGCAGCAAAGCACCCCCACAGCAUGAUGCUGCCACCCCCGUGCUUCCUCCAAACAUAACGAUGGUCAUUAUGGCUAAACAGUUCUAUUUUUGUUUCAUCAGACCAGAGGACAUUUCUCCAAAAAGUACGAUCUUUGUCCCCAUGUGCAGUUGCAAACCGUAGUCUGGCUUUUUUAAUGGCGGUUUUGGAGCAGUGGCUUCUUCCUUGCUGAGCGGCCUUUCAGGUUAUGUCAAUAUAGGACUCGUUUUACUGUGGAUAUAGAUACUUUUGUACCUGUUUCCUCCAGCAUCUUCACAAGGUCCUUUGCUUUUGUUCUGGGAUUGAUUUGCAUUUUUCGCACCAAAGUAUGUUCAUCUCUAGGAGACAGAACGCGUCUCCUUCCUGAGUGGUAUGACGGCUGCGUGGUCCCAUGGUGUUUAUAUUUGCGUACUAUUGUUUGUACAGAUGAACGUGGUACCUUCAGGCGUUUGGAAAUUGCUCCCAAGGAUGAACCAGACUCUACAAUUCUUUUUCUGAGGUCUUGGCUGAUUUUCUUUUGAUUUUUCCAUGAUGUCAAGCAAAGAGGCACUGAGUUUGAAGGUAGGCCUUGAAAUACAUCCACAGGUACAUCUCCAAUUGACUCAAAUUAUGUCAAUUAGCCUAUCAGAAGUUUCUAAAGCCAUGACAUCAUUUUCUGGAAUUUUCCAAGCUGUUUAAAGGCACAGUCAACUUAGUGUAUGUAAACUUCUGACCCACUGGAAUUGUGAUACAGUGAAAUAAUCUGUCUGUAAACAAUUGUUGGGAAAAAAAAACCUGUCAUGCACAAAGUAGAUGUCCUAACCGACUUGCCAAAACUAUAGUUUGUUAACAAGACAUUUGUGGAGUGGUUGAAAAACGAGUUUUAAUGAUUCCAACCUAAAGUGUAUGUAAACUUCCGACUUCAACUGUAUCACUCAGGGAUAUCGCUGAGGUAAGACUGUUGUGUACUAUUCUCAUCCUGAGUGUUGGUCAAAAGAAGCCACUUAACUUUAGAUUAACCACAACACACUCAGGUUGUUGACCUUUUGGCCCUACUGGUUCUGGCACCCUUGUGAUGUUAGGGGGUCAGGCGACAAGGAAAGUUGUUGAUGAGAUCUGUACCCUGCAGUCACCCUGAAAGAUGGGGUGGUGGCGACCUAAAGGAUUUCCUGAUGCUCUCUUAGCUAAGCUAUUUAAACAUGUCAUUAUGCUGAAAAUGGUUGAAAGAUAAACUAACAUGGUUAUUCAAAUAAUAGCCUUGUGAGAAGAGAUUUAUAUUGGCCUGUAAAGGACUCUUAUGUAUUUUUUACCUCUAGGGGGCAACAUUACAUUACCUUUCACUAGAGUCUAGAGUAGAUAAUAGUGGGGCUGUUGUUAUCAGCUAUAGUGUCGGUUUACACAUGGUUUCAAUCUGCUGACCAACUGAAACCGCAUUAGAUUCAACAGUAAAUGUUACACAUACAGACAACUGAACUUUCCACCACAGUUCCAUCAUAACUGUUAGCAGGUGGUUCUCUUUCACUUACAAAAUGGCUCCUCUUGCAGUAGUGUGGGCAACAACACCAAAAUAAUGUGUACACCACCCUUAACAAAUAGCACACAGUAAAGUGAAACAUCAAACCAGUUUCAGUUUGAUUAUCUGAUGGUGUUCUAUGUCAUUGCCCAGGCUACCUCACCUGUUGGGCAUCGAGGGAGAAGACCCCAUCCUUGUCUGA